AUGAGUUCCGCAGAGGGUGAAACCGCUGUUGUUGCUCCUCAAGACGUGGAGCUGCCAGCAGUUGAAGAUAGUGACAAGAAAGCUGAAAUGAUUGAUGAGAAGAAGGAGUCCAAGGAUGAUGAGGUAGAGGAAAAAGAGAAAAAGAAGGACAAGAAGAAGCGAGAUUCGAGAUCGCGUUCGAGAAGUCGUUCUCGUUCAAGUUCACGCUCUAGAAGCCGAAGUGGAAGCAGAUCAAGAAGCAGGAGCCGUGGAAGAGAGCGUCGACGUUCUCGUCGCUCUAGGUCUCGUUCUCGCACGUAUUCCCCAAUUCCAUCAAGCAGUCGUCGCGUUAUCAAUGGAAGAAUCCACGUGUCCGAUUUGACAGCAUCGAUUUCCAAGCGAGACCUUGAGAAGGCUUUCGAGAAGUUUGGCAAAGUUGUGGAUAUCUGGCUUGCUUCAUAUCAUCCAUUUUACGCAUUCAUCACCUACAAGAGAGACGAAGAUGCAGAAGAAGCCAUUAGGAAGAUGAACGACUCGUAUAUCCGUCGUCAACGUAUCCGCGUUGCUCACGCAUUGCCUCGUCGCGAGCGCUUCGGUUUCCGCAACAACUUCGGAAACAGCUAUGGAGGCGGUGGUGGCGGUUAUGGCGGGUCUUACUCAAGACGGUGAGU